GUGAGAUGUUGUUGUAGUCUUGUUGACGAAAGAGGUCUUGAAAUCGUGAGUCUAACUCAGCUAUUUUAGUGUUUUCAUCGAAGCUGCUCUGUUUAGUUCGUUCGGCCAUUGGCCUUACAUAGUUCCAGGAGCCUUGCUCGAGACGAGCGCUUUUGUGUGCCAAUCGUAGCAUAGAUUCAAGCGGCAUGGAAUGUUGCUGAGAGAAAUUUAUUUUCCAGUGUGGUGACGUCUGGUGCUUCUGGAACAUAGUGCUCGCGUAGAAAGGUGGUGAAUGACUUCGACAGAGCCAUCAUGGCCGUUCGUGGUCAACCUCUCCAACAGCAUUAUUGGAGUGAGCAUGCUAGCGCUUCCCUUCUGCAUGGAGCAGUGUGGCAUUCUCCUCGGCUGCAUGCUUGUUCUGGGCACGGCGUACCUGACACGACUCUCCUGCUUCCUGCUCCUACGAUCGUCUCAAUACGGCCGUCGGAAAUCCUACGAAACAUUAGCGGUUCAUACGUUCGGACCAGUCGGGAAGUUAUUAGUUGAGCUCAGUAUGAUUGGUCUGCUUCUGGGAACAUGUACUGCGUUCUUUGUCAUCAUUGGCGAUCUAGCACCUGCCAUUGUUGCCAAAAUCUUCAAAGUCCAGGAGACACCCAUGCUGAGAGCUAUGCUUCUCAUAGUGGUGGCGAUAGCCAUUGUGUUACCGCUGAGCUUGAAGAACAAUAUCAACGCCUUGACCAAUUAUAGCACCGCUUCUCUUAUCUUCUAUGGUGUUUUUGUUGUUUUGAUAUUUUACUUUUCUAUGCCCACCCUGUUCGCUGGCGAAUGGUCGGGCCAGAUAGUGAUAUGGCGGCCGUCUGGAACGUUUGCCGUCCUGCCCAUUCUCUCUCUAGCUUUCAGCUGCCAAGCGCAAGUGUUCGUCUUGUACGAUUGCCUGCAAGAUCCGUCCGUCAAGAAGAUGACGACUAUAGUGAACUCAGCUGUUAACCUAGUCACCAUUAUUUACAUUGUGGUUGGUAUAUUCGGUUACAUCACAUACUACACUGGCGUCAGUGGUGACGUCAUGAACAACUUUGCACCCGGCAUCCUAACCCAGACGCUCAAACUCGCGUUUGCUCUGUCCGUGGUUAUCGGCUACCCAAUGAUGGUUUUCCCGUGUCGGCUCAGUAUCAACUCCUUGUUCUCCCCAGAGGCGAGCGGCGAGAACAUCCCUGGUGGUGCUCUGAUGAUUCCACCGCUGCGGUUCCGUGCUAUCACCCUGUCCAUCGUCGGUGGCACUCUGACUGUCGCUGUUCUCAUUCCCAAUGUUGAGUUUAUCUUGCAGCUAAGCGGCUGUGUAAUGGGUUCUCUGAUCUGCUACGUCUUUCCCGGCCUCAUGUUCCUUCGCUUGUGUUCGGCAACUGAUCCGGACAAGUGGAAAGGAUUGUUUGUGGCGUGCAUCGGCUCUGUCAUGCUACUCGUCUGCACCAUGACUGUGGUCACUACGGUGCCCGGGAGCCACAAUCACCCGAAGGCGUUCCGCCCGGAGCUUCGCCGUCCCUCAGCCGAGCCGCCGAUCGGUGACGCCUCUCAGUCGCGUAGCAAGGAAGGCGGUGACGGCGGUGGCGGCAAGUUACCUCUGCUGCAGCCACCGGACGAUGUCGCGCAGGCUGGCCGAGUCAAUCUGAGUGCGUUCAAGUGCCCGCCGGAGAUGAACACUGAGGAAUGCGAGGUGCUGCGUGCAAAGAAAUCUCGUGAGCAGUCCAACGUCGGUGGUGACCAGCAGCAAGCCCUACCGCCGGCUAACAAAGACAAUGUCAACCUGGAGCAACCGCAACACAAUGGCGAGGAGACUCUGGACAAGGGAGGUGGUAAGAAUGCCGAUGGCGGUGUCCAGCCGCCGCUAGCAGAUCCUGGCUCUAAGGAGGGUGGCAAGAUGGAUGCUAACGAUGCACCAGUCCCGCCGCUACCAAAGGCCGAUGAUGCUGAUGCAGCUGGAGCUGGAGCAGCAGUGGAUAAUCCCGAUGGCAGAGGAGCCAGUAUAACAGCCGCACAAGCAGCUCGUGAUCACGCCGAUGCAGCCGAGGCUGGUGACGCAGCGGCGGCAGCGGGUGCUGGAGCAGAGGUGGACCUGGGUGGUGACGGUGGUGAUGACAGUGAUCCGCAGAAUCGCCAUCGCCUGCGCACUCUGCAGGCACUGGCCGUCACACCCGUAGACACGCCACCGCUGAGUACCACACAGCAAGCCAAGCUGCGUCACUCUCUCGGUGAUGGCGUGCGCGCAGCAGGUGGAGGAGAGGGCAGCCAUCGUGCUGCUGGGCAAGACGAUAAUCGGCUGAAUGUAGACAGUGCUCGGCAAUUGGACACUGGGCGACAUGUUGGAAAGAGUGUGCACCAGGACUCUAAGCGAGGCAUUGACACUGUACAUCAUCGAGAUGGAGGAAAUGGAGGGGAAGUUGUACCAAGACAACAACAACAACAACAACAACAACAACAACAACAACAACAGCAGCAAUCCAACAACAACAAAGUUAGGGCUGGGGAAGACAACGUUGGUAACCGACAACCUGUUGCGGUGGCCGACAAGAAACAUUCCCCAGUUGAUUCGGGCAAGGCCGACCGGCUGCGGACUUUUGUCGACGACGAAGGUAGAAACAAUGAUCAUAGCAUAGGUCAUGGCGCUCAACUCAAUGUACAAGAGCAUAACAACCAAAAACAACAUGAAGUGCAACAGCCGCAGCAGCAGCAGCAACCACAGCAGCAACCACAGCAGCAACAGUCACAGCAACAACAACAACAACCUCCGCAACAACAACCGCAGCCUCAGCAACAACAACCGCAGCAGCAACAACAGCAACACCAACAUGAGCCUCAACAGCAACAGCAACAGGAGCACCUAGAGCAGAAUCCAGGCCAGCAGGAGCAGCAGCAGCAGCAGCAGCAACAACAAGAGCAGGUGCCGAAUGAAGCAGCCAAGAACAAUCGUGAGCUGAAGACCAUUCCGAAACUGCAAGCAGCAGGCCCUAAGGUGUCAGCAGAGGAGAAACGUCCGCCGCAGCAGGAUCGACUCGACUCCACUUCUCGUGAUGAGGGACCACGACCUGUCAAACUUGUUCCUGAUGAAUCUCACAGCAAGAAAGUUGCCGUUGCCCUGCAGGGGAAUGAGAAAAAACCUGUUGUCCAUGAAGGUGAUCAUGCCGAGCUCGCUGAUGGUGAUUCCAAACUUGGAAAGGCAAGCACACCAGCUCUGGAUGCACCUCCUGAAGAUCGCAACAUGCAGGCACCAGCAGCAGCAGCAGCAGGCACAACGGAUAGCACUCCAGAAGGACACCCCGUUGGCAGCGAAGCAGCAGAGGCGCAUACCGCCGAGCCUGCACCCGCACAGGUUGUGCAUAACGACCGCCGGGGCUUGAACUUGAGGACGUCUGAUCUCAGCGGAAGUUCGAGUAGGCGAGCCAAGAAGUCGGUGGUCUACAGCAAGGGGGAGUCGCAUGCUAUGGGCAGUAAUGCUACAGAUAGUCAUGUUGUGAACCAUACGCACGCACCUCAUCCCACAGCCCCUGCUGUCAAGGUGCCGAGUGCCACUACUGUCAAAGAAUCCAGUACUGCUGCUGCUGCUGCUGCUGCUAAACCAGGAGCAAGGGUGCAUGCAGUAGCGUCAAUGACCACUGCACACCUGCCAGUUUCGGUGACGUAUGUAGGUGACAAAGCUGAGGGUACUGCACCACAUUCGACUUCACGCAAGCUUGGUGGGGCCGAGCGUUCUCAUUCUGCCUCUGAAAUGCAGCACCAAGUGUCCCCCUCGAACAGAACUCGCUUCUUGCGGCCUGUUGGGUGAAGGCCUUAUCUGUGUUGCAGUGUUGGAUUUGUAAUUGCUGCAGCUGUGUUGCCAGCCAUGCGGCCAACACGCCAGAUUAGCAUACUUUUUUAAAAGUGCCUAUGUGCAAGCUCAUCUGUCAGCUUGUAAAGUCUGGGCCGCCCGUCAGAAGACAAACAACCUUGUGCUACUAUUUAGAGCUAGUGCUCAUCCACUGGUUGACGCACGGUGUUGGUAGCUCGCACUUAUCGUGACUUAUCGUCUACGUGCAGAGUUCGUUGCUCGUGUCGUCCUAGUUGACUAUCAGUCUCUUGUAGGGUGACCGUGAGCCAUUGGCCUCUAGGCCAUCAUCUCAACCCAGGGCUUCCAGUGCAUUUCCGUUCAGAGCAACGGUUAAUGUACCUAACAGUGGCACCGUGUAAGAUGCUGCAGUUAUCAUACCCGGGUGUUUUCUCCGCAAGACUGUAAGAUUAACAGUGUCCCACGUGGCGAUCCACUGCGCAGUCAUGUCAACAACGCCAUACCAUGAUGGAUUGACAUGCAGCACCCGCCUCCUGCCCCCGAUAUGAUCCUGGAUUAUCUAUUUCCAACUUGAACAAGUCGCCGUAUACUCUCCCUUGUAUCUCCUGUUGCAUUGGGGGCCAGGUAUGCGCUGUGUUCCACGGAACUUGCAAAGGUGGCUGGCCACCGUUUACAAGAUAUUGAAAUAGCCAGCGCUCUUUGAUGUCAUGGACGUCUUUCUCCCAUGUUUUUUCCCUUGAAAGGUUUCUUCCUAGUUAUUAUUGUAGUUCAGUUUCUUACUCUUCCUGCCGACCAUCUUGGCUCUCUCUCUCUUCGUUUCGGAAUCCUAAAACCACUCACUCUCCUAGGGUCCAGCUAUCUUCUUCUUCGUCUUUUUAUUACCGUAAUAACGCACAUAUAAGCACAUGCGCUUAUAAGUGAAUUUUUUUUGCUACGAAUCCAAAUUUCGAAAAUGUUUCACCUAAACGCGCAUGCCAGCGUCUUUGUGUUUGACUAGGUCUUGUAAGUUGUAGUGUAAGUAAUUAGUUUCAUGGUUCCUGUAGGCUGUUUUUCAGACGUUUAUCUGUGAUUGUGUCACAAUGAGAAUUUUGGCAGUGCUUCUUCGCCUAUAAGAGCAUGCGCUUAUAAGUAAGAGUGCGCUUAUAUCCGAAUACACACACACUUGAGAGGGACAAAAAGCGUUUCUUCUGUAACUCUGAGUUUCACGGUUUUAACCGAUCAUCAGACAGCAACUCGACUACAAUUUUCAGAAGAUAAGAUUGAUAUAGGCUGCAAGCUUGGAUCAUAGCACGAAUGGAUGAUCCGGGCUGAUAGUGCAUGCGCCUAUAUGUGCGUUACUACGGCACCUAGUUUGAAGUGAUAGCGUGUCGCUAUGCUUUUCUAAUACAGCACCAAGUUUUUGUUUACAACUGCUUUCCAUCAGCUGUGACUGUUACUAUGUAC